UUCAUGCAUUUUAGCAUUUGUUUGUCCUUAAUCACGCAAGAAUGAAUGAAAAUAGCAAAUUGAAUUGAUAAUUAAUUUGAGUGAACAGAGGAAAGUAGGAAAAGUGGAACAAAGACUCGCGGCAGCAAGAGCUGCAAUGCGCAAAUCGGAAUCAGAAGAGAGAAGCAAUCUCACUGCGGCAACCACCACGCACGACGGCGGAGACCACCGUUACGUCCCCGCGGGAGCCAUCUAUCGUAACCCGCGCUUAUUUGACCGAAGCUACUUAGAGAUGGAGAAAAUAUUGAAGGUGUACGUAUACCCCGAGGGUGAGCUACCAAUUGUUCACGAUGGUCCGUGCAAGGACAUAUACUCAAUUGAAGGGAGGUUCCUCCAUGAGAUGGAACACGGCGCUGCCGCUGGGAGGUUUAGGACCAACAACCCCAAUGCUGCUCACGUUUACUUUUUGCCAUUCAGUGUCACUUGGAUGGUCAAGUACCUCUAUACUCCACUCUCAUACGAUAUCACUCCUCUAAAGCAAUUUGCCUCUGACUAUGUGAGAGUGAUAUCUACAAGACACCCCUUCUGGAAUAGAACUAAUGGUGCAGACCACUUCAUGCUUGCCUGUCAUGAUUGGGGUCCUCAUGCUUCACGGGGCAAUCCCUUCCUCUACAACACCUCAAUCCGCGUCUUGUGCAACGCCAACACUUCAGAGGGGUUCAACCCUCGAAAGGACGUGUCGUUACCAGAAAUCCACCUCUACGGAGGCGAAGUCUCCCCUAAACUUCUUUCACCCCCACCGGACACCACCCCCCGCCGCUAUCUCGCCUUCUUCUCCGGCGGUCUCCACGGCCCAAUCCGCCCCUCCCUCCUCCGCCACUGGAAAAACCACGACGAAGCCAUUCGCGUCUACGAGUACCUCCCCAAAGACCUAGAUUACUACUCCUUCAUGCUCGACUCAAAGUUCUGUCUUUGCCCAAGUGGGCACGAAGUGGCCAGCCCCAGAAUCGUGGAGGCAAUUUACGCCGAAUGCGUUCCCGUGAUCCUGUCUAAGUACUACGUCUUGCCCUUCAGUGACGUGCUGCAGUGGGAAGCGUUUUCGGUGCAGGUGGAUGUUUCAGACAUUCCUAGAUUGAAAGAGGUUCUUAGUGCCAUUUCGGACGAUGAGUAUCGGAAGCUUAAGGAGGGAGUGAAGGCUGUGAGGAGGCAUUUUACACUGAAUCGGCCUGCCAAGAGAUUCGAUGUUUUUCACAUGAUCUUGCACUCUAUAUGGUUAAGGAGACUAAACAUGGAACUCACAUAGACGUACGUUUUCCAUUUUCUCAUCUUAUUCAUAUUAUAUAGUGGUUCUGGCCUUGAAAUAGGAAUCCCGGGGGCUUUGUUUGAAGAUAAAUUGUAUUUUGCACUUUUUUUUUUUGUUCCAUUAGUGGCAUCUGCAUAUAGAGUUAGUUUAUAUACUAACCAUUUUUUAAAAUUUGAGAAAUUCUAUACUACUUUACAAAAAUUUAGGAUUUUCAUACUGUUAAUGAGAAACUCGCUCUU